GCGGCAUGAGGGCCGGCGGCCCGGGGGGCUGAGGCGCCCGCCGCCUGCCGCGGGGCCGUGCGCGUCCUCCAUGGAGGCCGGAGAGGAGCCACUGCUGCUGGCCGAACUCAAGCCCGGGCGCCCCCAUCAGUUUGAUUGGAAGUCAAGCUGUGAAACGUGGAGCGUUGCCUUCUCUCCGGAUGGUUCCUGGUUCGCCUGGUCUCAAGGACACUGCAUUGUCAAGCUGAUCCCCUGGCCGCUGGAGGAGCAGUUCAUCCCUAAAGGGUUCGAAGCCAAAAGCCGAAGCAGCAAAAAUGAUACAAAAGGGCGAGGCAGCCCAAAAGAGAAGACGCUGGACUGCGGGCAGAUUGUCUGGGGCUUGGCCUUCAGCCCGUGGCCUUCUCCACCCAGCAGGAAGCUCUGGGCACGCCACCAUCCCCAGGUGCCAGACGUCUCUUGCCUGAUCCUUGCUACGGGGCUCAACGACGGGCAGAUCAAGAUUUGGGAGGUACAGACAGGGCUCCUGCUUUUGAAUCUGUCUGGCCACCAAGACGUCGUGAGAGAUCUGAGCUUCACACCCAGUGGCAGUUUGAUUUUGGUUUCUGCAUCCCGAGAUAAGACUCUUCGUAUCUGGGACCUGAAUAAACAUGGUAAACAGAUUCAGGUGUUAUCGGGCCACCUGCAGUGGGUUUACUGCUGCUCCAUCUCGCCAGACUGCAGCAUGCUGUGUUCUGCAGCUGGGGAGAAGUCGGUCUUCCUGUGGAGCAUGCGGUCCUACACAUUAAUCCGGAAGCUGGAGGGCCACCAAAGCAGCGUGGUCUCUUGUGACUUCUCCCCCGACUCUGCCUUGCUCGUCACGGCUUCUUACGAUACCAAUGUGAUCAUGUGGGACCCCUACACUGGCGAGCGGCUGCGGUCACUCCACCACACCCAGCUCAGCCCCCCCAUGGAUGACAGCGAUGUCCACAUCAGCUCCCUGAGGUCUGUGUGCUUCUCCCCCGAAGGCUUGUACCUCGCCACAGUAGCGGAUGACAGGCUCCUCAGGAUCUGGGCCUUGGAACUGAAAACUCCAAUUGCGUUUGCUCCUAUGACCAAUGGUCUCUGCUGCACAUUUUUUCCACAUGGUGGAGUUAUUGCCACGGGGACAAGGGAUGGCCACGUCCAGUUCUGGACGGCUCCUCGGGUCCUGUCAUCACUGAAGCACUUAUGCCGGAAAGCCCUGCGAAGUUUCCUAACAACGUACCAAGUGCUAGCGCUGCCGAUCCCUAAGAAAAUGAAAGAGUUCCUCACGUAUAGGACUUUUUAAGCCAGUCUCCAUAGUCUUACCUGUUUCCUCUGUAGCACGAUAAAUCUUCCUGACAAGUAGCUGGAGCAAUGGGCCAAACAUCUGGUCUUGGAUUGAAAUAGAAUCUCUCUUUGGAAUUGUGAACAGAAUGUAGCAAAACCGGAUUCCAGUGGCCUCGCCACGAGUCUCUUCCCCAUGACGUGUGAGGGUCAGUCGUAGAAGAGGGAUUCCGCUUCCGCAGUGACGGAGCCUGACCUUAACCUUCAGUUCACUUACGCACAGCAGUGCUGGACCCUCUCUGGUCAUUUUGAUUCCAAGAAGUUUCCACUCCCUCGACUGGAGUGUGGCUUCUGCUGAGUGUCCGUCGUUGAUGCAGAUGCAGAGGAGGUGUCGGUGAAAGUUCUCUCCUGCUGGUCAGAGCCGCUUUGAUGUGGGCAAGGGCUUUCCUUCCUCUGACCCACAGGAGUUUUCACAGAGCCGUCUAGUGUGAGAUAUUACUUAGCUUAACUGAAGUCCAGGUGACUCAGAGGCCGUGCUCCUGAUACAGACACUAGACUUGUUUUUUUUUUUUUUUUUUUUAAAGAAACGAUGAUGUGCAUGUGCCGGAGGCCAGAUUUGUGUGUCAUGUUACACGGGACGUAUUCCUCCACUGCAUGACUGUAUCAGUGGCUACUGAGUUAUCUGUCAGUUGUUUGCCAGUUAGCAUAUUUAUUUGUAUUUUCUCAACAGAUAUUGAGGUACAACUGUGUUUUUCUCAAUGGUAUCUAAAAACCAUAGUACUUAAUUCCAACAGUUGUGAAGAUGUCUCUUAAUUGUGUGAAGAAUUGGUGUCGUCGUCAUUUCAGCUGAUUUUCUUCUGUACAAGAUCUGACUUGACUGCUUCACCUCAUUGGACUCAUCAGCCAGUCUCAACUCUGCCCCUAAACACAACUAGCUCCUUAAAAGUACUGUUCUUCGUGGCGUAUAGUUAUCUAAUCAAGACACCUCAUUCAAACAAAAUCUGCCUUUGGAAAAUUUAAUAUAUUUUAAAUUAUUUUAAAAGAAA